CCCCUCCCUCUUCUCCUUUCCUCCUCCCAGUCUCUCCUGGCCAUGAAGGCAGCAGCAGAGCAGCUGAGAGGAGGAUGCUGAGGACCAGCCCAGAGAGCAUCUUCCUGGAAGAUGCUGCCUAGCUGAAAGGAUGGAGGGCGCUCAGGUCUUGCUCCCCGGCACCAUUUGCUCUCCCCUGUUCCCCUGCACGGCGCUCCGCCGGGAUGAGCCCCCAUCCGAUGGGUUUCCCUGUCUGCCUCUCCCUCUGCCUCAUCCUGCUCAGCUCCUGCAGCCCGCAAUGCCUCGCUUUCUGGGAGGCGGAGGGGCGGCCAGCGAGACAACUACACCAGGCCUUUCCGGAAGACCCCGGAAACGUGAGCGUGCCGGGUCCAGAAAGCCCCUUCAGCUCACCUGCGCAAGCAGCCGGCAGUGCGGCUUCCGGAAACCUCUACGAAGGCGCCACAGCCGAGCCGGCCGGGGAGCCGUUAAACACCGCCACCACCAUCAAAGCCACGCUGCCAACCAGCCUGGAUGCCCAAAGUCCUUCAGGGCGCCAGGGUUUGGAUGUGGACGCCACUGCCUCAACCCCAGAGGUGGGUGGCAGCGAGCAGCAGGUGGACCCCAGUGUGCCCAGUAAGGAGCUGGGGAAGCAACGGGCAAAGGAAGUCCUGCUUGCCCCGGUUGUGACAGCUCCAGACCCGAACGCCAGGGGUGAUGGGCUCAGCACCACCGCAGGAGUGCUGGUGGAGGGUGGCAGGGCAGGAGACGGGCUCGGGUCAACGGCGGAUGUUUUCGCGCCAGGCGUCUUGGAAGGAGGCAGAAGCGGCACAUGGCGACCGGCCACGGAAGAAGUGCCCAUUUCCGAAACGAUAGCCAGCGGCCGCUCCGUGACUCCUUCCCCUCCAGUGGGUCAAUACGUUGAUUCUGAUCAAGGGCCGGACAGAGACAACCCCUCGGUUUUGAGCGGCACAGAGGGUCCUGUCUUGGCUCCGACUGACGCUGCCUCGGGUUUGCAAAAGGGGAUCUCCACAGAUCGGGAGCUUUUGGAAGGCGUUCCUGGUGCCAUGGCGACUGUCACACCGCAAAGCGACGACUGGGAUGAUACAAAAUUCGGGCCCGCCAGUCGGGUGGGUGCUCUGGGACCCGUGGCGGAGCUUUAUCCCGCCGUGGGGGGAGAGAAAGAGGAAGACGAUGUGAAGAAGGCUCUGCCGCCGAGAUUAUUGGCAGCCACGGCAAAAGGAAGCGAGAAUGUUCAGACCGGGUUGGGCCUCGCGUCCGCGGAAAGCAGGGAGCCCACCUCACCCUCUGCUAGCCUGGAUCAUGCCCAUGUUGCUGACCCGUCAGCGAAAGCUGCAGCCCCCUCUGGGAGCGCAGUGGAAAAUCGAGACCGCCUUGCCACUUCCCGUUCCAGAGGCGUUACCCCUGGGGCAGCAACAUCCUCCCACGAGGCGGGUGCCGUGCUUCUUCCAGCUGCGACACAAGGCGACUUUAGCACCCAGGAAGCCGCAGGGCCAGAGAGGGGGAUGGAGGGAGAAACACCAACAGUUUUCAGAAUCUCCCAGCUGCCAGAAGACUCUGUGUCUGCUGCUUCCCCCCUUGCCACCGGUUUGCCUGUACUUAAAACACCGGAUGCAAAAGGGCCCGUCACUGCCCUUAGCGGAGAGGAGGAGGAAGAUGUUUCUGUUGCCAGCUCUCCUGCAACUCUGGGGGACCAGAGAACGCAGGACGAAGGGAUUCUGGGAGCGACUGAAGCCAUGACAGUUCCGCCGACCUUGGCGUCCUUGACGAAGAGGACCACUGUCCCAGCCACGCACCGGAUCACCACGGCUGCAACCUAUGAGCUGGAUAGGCUGGAAUCAGAAGAGGAAGAGGAAGAAGAGGAGGAGGAAGAAGAGGAGGAGGAGGAGGAAGAAGAAGAGGAGGAGCCGGAGGAGGAAGCAGAUGAGGAAGACGAUGGCAACGAAGAGGAGAGGGACCCAAAUUCCAUGGACGAAAGCUUGGACGAAGACGCCAACCUGUCCAGCUUCACUCUCCCUGGGGAGACGUCUCAGGAACCCCUGGAAGGGCUCGAAAACCCAGCCGGGGAGCUCUCUGGGGUCUCCUACCAAGUGCCAAGCGCCAUCGAAUGGGAACAACAGAACCAAGGGCUAGUGAGAAGCUGGAUGGAAAAGCUGAAAGAUAAGGCUGGUUACAUGUCUGGGAUGCUGGUGCCCGUCGGAGUUGGCAUUGCGGGGGCCCUUUUCAUCUUGGGCGCUCUCUACAGCAUCAAGAUCAUGAACCGCCGGCGAAGGAACGGCUUCAAGAGGCAUAAGCGAAAGCAGAGAGAAUUCAACAGCAUGCAAGACCGAGUGAUGCUUCUAGCGGACAGCUCUGAAGAUGAAUUCUGAACCAGACUGCGGUGCCUCGUUUCCUGCCCUCCCGUGACUUUUAUUUCCUUCUCCCCCCUCUGUUUCCCUUCUUUCUUGUCGCCGAGGGAGGUGCGUAAGCGUUUCUGCUGUGCCGCCACGGAGGCCAGCCACCUUCCUCUCGAUCACGGGGCAGCGGUGCUUUUACACAACCUGCCCCUAUAAGAGGAAAACACACACACACACCGAUAACAGCAUGCUGCAGCCCAAGUGUAACACACAAAUAUUGUUAUUUUUAAAAUAUAUGUAUCUCUGUACGGUCGCGCACGUUCAUUUUCCACGCAUGGCACGCCGUUCCGAAUGCGCAGCAGGCAAAGGCGUGGACCCAAAAGACAAAGGACGUUUGUUGGGUGUUUUUAUUCCAUCUGCUGGCAGCCGUGCUGCCGUCCUUCUGGUGUGAGUCCCUGGAGAGGGCAAGCUUCAACCCAGAUAACUCCUUUCUCUCUCUCUCGCUGGGGAGCAACUUCUGAAUACGUUGCGUUACCUGAGCUGGAGUUCGCAGUUUCCAAAAUUAGGUGCUCUGUUUAAUUGAUGAAGUGCCGCCCCAAAGCAGAUCCCACCCCCAUUGUUCAGGUAGGAACUAGGUAGAGUACGACACAAUGAUAUGUGGAUUAAGAUACACCGAAGGCCCAUACUAGACGUUUAUGUGGGAGACACACUGAGGGCCCCCCACUUUUGUAAACUGCAAAGCAGUUUCGGAGGCUGCAGUUAGGAGAAAGGGAAACAGCUCUCCAGGGUUUCAGAUGGGCAGCUUUCCCCAUCCCAGAACUUGUGUUCUGGGAUCUAUUGCAGGCAAAGCAGGUUCUCGUCCACAUAUCCCUUAAAAAAUAAUGAUAAGGUCCUAGUCCUCAAGGAUCUGAACAAAGGACCGAUUGAUGCUGUCUCCACUGGCUGGCAGCAGGUCUUGAACCUGGGACUUGCUGCAUAUAAAGCAGAUUUUCUGCCGCUGAGCUACGCUCCUUCCCCAAAUCUGGCAAGCUGGGAGCAGAGAAUGGCAGGGGGAAAUGCUUAACCCGUUUCCUUUCUGCUGGUUCCCCCCCUUCCCUCCCUCCAGCUGCUUUUUCACCUGUGGAGGAAAAAAUACAGGACCCCUGCAUCUUUUUCCUUGACAAGGGAAAAACAGCAGGGUGUGUGUGUUAUGAUGAUUUUGAGUAGACAAACGGGAGGAAGGGGAAGGGUUAAGCAUCCCCUCUGCUGCUUGUGCUCCUAGUGACCUCUUGUGCUUCCAACAUAUCCUAAGGUUUAGCCUUCUAAGCAUGUCAGCCUCCAUUGCAGAGCGGCUUAUUUAAAGACACAGACAACCCAUUGCUACGUGGGGUUUUUCUGGGGCUUUCCCCCCAGCUGGAACUCGCCUCUCCCGUGUCGCCAUUGCCAUUAUAAUAGAACAAGGGAGGCAUUCGCGGUGAGUUCCAGUGCCUCUUUCUCUAGAGAAAUAGCGCUGAGAUUUUCUUCCCGUUGUGAAUAGCAAGAACAUGGGGUGCUGAUUCUUUUUGGAACCACGGUGUGUGGGGUCCCUUUGCGCCCCCCCCCAUGCUCCCAGUGCAUCAAGGCCCUCCCCUUGCCAGCUGUUGAGUUUUCUUUCGCCAUGACAGCAGCGUGGUGUCAAAGUGCACGACAAACGCCACGUCUCGCUUGGCCCUGAGGUCACAACCCUGAUGAUGACGGUGCUGGGAUCAAUGCUGUCAUGGGACACCCCCCCCCUUUCCCCUGCGGCGGAUGCUUCUGGUAAGGCAGCCCAACCUCGUUAGCGGUAUGCCGCCCGUUGCCUUGGGAACUGCCGGCCAAAGGCUUCUGCGGCCCGUCACCUGCAGUCGUGUAGUGUCAAAUUCGGAAGCGCAGAGUUCCCUUUGUGAUAGUUGCAGCCACUCACCCCUUCUGAGAUUAUGCAACCUUCUAAGAAUAUACGAUGAUAUUAUAAUGAUAACAAGAAUAAGAAUAAAUAGAGAUGCAUUGCAGCGAUCAAUGCAGAUCACUGUUGUUUUGCCUUUCA